AGAUAGAAGAGCGCGCGAGCACAGGCUGCGGUACGCGCGACUACACAACACACCACCAGAACCUGAUCAAUCACAUGCAGGUUGAAGAUUCAGCACUGGAAUAGUGAGAGUUGGGGGAGAUAAAAGACGGCCCAGUCCACCAACGUCACAAGGGGAUUUGCUGCUGCUGGGGUCACAGCGUGCUUCUCAGGACACCUACUUCAGUGAUAUCUGCAGUGUCCACACCCCUCUGAGCUGCUGACGUCUGGUUCAAACGAGAGGAUUCACUCUCUGAUACAGUCUAAGCAGUCUCGCUGGCUAGUUGUGGAUGCCCCUGCAUGUUUGAAUGGUCACACUGAGUGUUCACAAGGCCCAGUUGCUUUGACGUGGAGGGGAAGGAUUUCUGUGUAACACCCUGCUAUGGACAGGAAGAGGAAUCGUACGCUCUGUGGAGGGGCUGUGAUGAUGAUGCUGCUGCUGUUUGGUCACAUGACCACUGCAUUAGAGGUGCCUCUAGACCUGCCACAGCCACCCACAAUAACUCAUCAGUCCCCCAAGGAUUACAUCAUUGACCCUCGGGAGAACAUCAUAAUCCACUGUGAGGCUAAAGGAAAGCCUCAUCCCAGCUUUUCAUGGACACGUAACAGCACUCACUUCGAUGUGGAGAAGGAUUCAAAAGUCAUCAUGAAACCCAAUUCAGGCACUCUGGUCAUUGACAUCAGUGAUGAGAAAGCGGAGGCAUAUGAGGGUGUUUACCAGUGCAUCGCCCGCAACGAGCAUGGCUCUGCCGUGUCCAAUAACAUCGUCAUCCGUCAGUCAAGGUCCCCCUUGUGGUCGAAGGAGAAAAAUGAACCAAUUACAGUGCAGAGAGGCAUGUCUCUAGUACUGCAGUGCAGACCCCCGGCUGGCCUGCCUCCACCAAUCAUCUUCUGGAUGGAUAACAAUUUCCAUAGGCUUCCCCAAAACAGUCGUGUGUCCCAGGCUUUAAACGGAGACCUGUAUUUCUCCAACGUGCUCAUGGAUGAUACCAGAAAUGACUACAUCUGCUACGCCCGGUUCCCACACACUCAAACAAUCCAACAGAAACAGCCCAUCACUCUCAACGUGCUGGACAUUGAAGCUAUGAAUGAUACUGUGUUGGCAGCUUUUUUGAAUGGCUCUGAUUUUUGGGGUGACAGCCCAUCUGGUGAGAGAGCACCCACUUUCAUGCACCCACCAGGGACACACAGUACAGCCACAGUCCUGAAAGGAGACACGCUGGAGCUGGAUUGCAUUGCUGAUGGCCUUCCAACACCAGUUAUCUCCUGGAGUAAGGUGAAUGGGGAGCUGCCAAGCGGCCGUUUUGUAUUUCACAGUUUCCAGAAAACUUUGAAGAUAACAGAGGUGACAGACAAGGAUGGAGGAGAUUACCGCUGUUUAGCUAACAACCGCCUGGGGAGCAACCAUCACAUCAUCACAGUUGUUGUCAAAGCGGCUCCUUUUUGGAUAAGUGCCCCUCAGAACCUCAUCUUGGCCCCUAAAGAAAAUGGAAUGCUCACCUGCCGGGCAGAUGGCAAGCCUAGACCCAAGGUCACCUGGUCUGUCAAUGGAGUGGCAAUCGAGAACUCACCCAAGGAUCCCAGUCGGAAUAUUGAAGAUGAUGUCAUCAUCCUCAGUGAUGUCCAGACUGGGUCCAGUGCAGUUUACCAGUGCAAUGCCUCCAAUGAAUAUGGUUACCUGCUAGCCAAUGCCUUUGUCAGUGUCCUGGCUGAACCUCCAAGGGUGCUGACCCCUCCAAACCAUGUGUACUCAGUCAUCACCAACAGUCGGGCGUUGCUGGACUGCGCUUCAUUUGGCUCGCCUCUUCCAAAGAUCACUUGGUUUAAGGGCAGUCAAAGCAUACUGAAUGGUGACUCGUACAUCAUUCAUCAGAACGGUACUUUAGAGAUCAUUGUGGCUCAGCCACUAAACAGUGGUAAAUAUACCUGCAUGGCCUCAAACAAUCUCGGCAACAAAGAAAAUCAUGUAUACCUGGAAGUGAAAGAGCCUACACGGAUUCUAAAACAGCCAGAGUAUAAAGUGGUCCAGAGAAACGGGGUGGCUGUGUUUGAUUGUAAGGUCAAACAUGACCCCACUCUUUUACCCACUAUGAUAUGGCUUAAAGACAACGGAGAACUUCCUGAUGAUGUUCGAUUUGAGGUGGACUCUGAUAGUUUGACAAUACAUGACGUGAGAGAAGAUGACAAGGGUACCUACACCUGCAUAAGGAACACAACGCUGGACCACGAUUCAGCCAGUGCCACACUUACAGUAGUCGAGGCAACACCAACACCACCUAUAGGACUGGAGCAACCAGACCCGCCUACAGACCUGGAGCUGACGGACCAACGAGAGCGCAGUGUUCAGCUCACCUGGACUCCUGGAGAUGACCACAACAGCCUCAUUAAAUCAUUCCUGAUCCAAUAUGAAGAUUCGCUCCAUGAGCGUGGAGUCUGGGUCAAUAUGACUGAGGUUUCGGGAAACAGCACCACGGCCCGUCUGGAGCUGUCUCCAUACGUGUAUUACUCAUUUAGAGUUCUGGCACUCAAUGAAGUGGGUCUGAGUGAACCCAGCCUGCCAUCCAGUCAGUACCGAACCAACCCUGCACAGCCUGACAUGAAUCCAUCAAAUCUUAAAGCAGUUGGAACAUCACCAGACAGUAUGACAAUAACUUGGAAGGAGCUGACAGGGCUGGAGUCGAACGGUCCAGGUCUACAGUACAAGGUGAGCUGGAGACAGAAAGAUGUGGAUCAGGACUGGAAUUCACUCACCCUGGCCAAUGUCUCACAGUAUGUGGUGACAAGAACAGACACUUUUGUGCCCUAUGAAGUCACUGUACAGGCGAUCAAUGACUAUGGGCUCGGCCCCAGACCUGAGGUUGUGUUGGGAUAUUCAGGAGAGGACUCUCCCACUGUGGCUCCAGAGAACGUGCAGGUUUCUGUACAGAAUGGGUCAGUAGCUGAAGUGCGCUGGGACACUGUUCCUCAUUCAACAGUCCGAGGGCGACUAAAGGGAUACAAGGUGAGUUACUGGAAGUUGAGAAGUCUACACAAGCAAGACUCUGAGCCUGAUAAGCCACAGGUGCUCAUCUUCAGUGGGAAUGAGACAGAGGGUCAUCUGUCCGGCCUCCAUCCCUAUAGCCAGUACUCCCUCAAUAUUAGGGCCUUCAAUGGGAAGGGAGAUGGACCCACCAGCUCUGAUCAGCACUUUUUAACACCAGAAGGAGUUCCAGGGCCUCCUGCUGAAUUCAAAGUCAGAAAUCUGGAUCUGGACUCAUUGAUUGUGGAAUGGGUGCCACCUCUGGAAGAUAAUGGUCACCUAACAGGAUACCUGCUCAAAUACCAGCCUAUCAAUACAACAGAUGAAAUUGGGCCUCUCAUAGAGCUGUUUCUACUAGCAAAUGAGACCAACAUCACUCUUGACAACCUCAAAUACAGCACGCGCUACAAGUUCUAUUUGAACGCCAUGACCGUCAAGGGCUCGGGGCCCACCAUCACAGAAGAGGCCAUCACAGUAAUGGAUGAAGCUUUAAUUCGACAUCCCGCUGUAGAGGCGGGUAAAGGCUCAGCCCCCCCUCCACCACCACCAGCAACCCCUCUUGCCACUCAAUCUUUGCAGCCCCUGUUGCACAAUGUGCCACCUGCUGGUCGUAUGUUUGGGAGCGUGAACUCCUCCGUGGAGGAGGACCAUGCCUUGAUAUGUUGGGAAUACUCUGGGCCAGAUAGGAAUGUUUUUGUGGAAUAUGUUGUUGAUAACAGUAAAGAACCCUGGAAAACAGAGUUUGUAAAUGGCACUCGGACAUAUCAGAUUAGAGGUCUAAAGCCGGGGAUGUCCUAUAGGGUUCGGGUGGUAGCCAAAGACCACUCCAACACAACAGUCCACCGUACAGAGGAGCUGUUGAUUACAGUUCCAGCCAUGACCAGCAAGCAAGUUGGCAUAGCCACACAGGGCUGGUUUAUAGGGAUGAUGUGUGCCAUUGCUUUACUGAUACUGGUACUCCUCAUCGUUUGCUUCAUUAAGAGGAACAAAGGAGGCAAAUACCCAGUAAAAGAGAAAGAAGAUGCCCAUCAAGACCCAGAGAUCCAACCCAUGAAAGAGGAUGAUGGGACAUUUGGGGAGUACAGUGACACUGAAGACCACAAGCCCCUCAAGAGCAGCCGGACCCCUUCCAAUGGCACAGCAAAGAAGGAUGACAGUGAUGACAGUCUGGUCGAUUACGGAGAAGGUGGAGAUGGCCAGUUCAACGAGGACGGCUCCUUUAUCGGUCAGUACAGCGGGAAGAAGGAAAAGGACACAGCAGAGGGCAACGAGAGUUCAGAGGCUCCUUCCCCAGUCAACGCCAUGAACUCCUUUGUGUAACUGUCUGAAAACUCUACAUCACCUUUGGCCAAUCUAAGACCCCGCUCCCUUUGCCACACCAUCAUAUGGAGAACAGGCUGUCUCUGUUGCACUUUGACUCUCUGACAUCACGAGAGAGAGAGAGAGAAAAUGUCAUACAUAUGGAAGUACCAGGGGGCUUUAGCUUUACCCUGAUUUCUCAGAGUGAACGUCAAAUUACAUAUAGGUGCAAUCACUGUAUUAUCUUUUGGCAAGCAUACAGGACAUAUAUAUAUUUAUGAAUAUAUAAAUUAACAUAAGAAAAUAUUUUAUUAACAUGCCCCCAUUACUCUCAGAAGGCAUUGUAUCUCACCAUCUCAUCCACUGGACUUGAUAUUAUCACAUCACGCCCUCAGUGACUCAACAUUAGCCAGCGUUGUGGAGACUGUGAAUCUUGUCCAAAUACGAUGCUCACAUUUGCUUCACAGCUAAUGCAUUGCGUUGUGUCGUCAGUGUUCAAAUCGGUAUUUUACACAUUUAAAGCACCAAUGUCUUUGUGGGCAUUGCUGUAGGCCUACAGUAUGCGACUGUGUGUAAAAGCUAUUAGGUGUCUUUUUUGACAGACAGAAACUCUAUGAAUAUACAAAAAAAAUCACAGUAGGAUUUCAAAUUGGAUAUCAGGUAUGGUAGCAUUUUUAUGACACAAAAUAACUCUUUGUAGACAAACUGUCACUUACACACAUGGUUGUGUCCUUUUUUUCUGUUUUCUUGUGGUAAACAUUUUGAAAUGUUUUAUUUAUUUACAAUGAAUCUUUUUUGCUGUUUUAUCCCUGAAAAAAAAAAAAAGAGAUUGAGAGAAUUAUGGCCACAGUAUACUUCUGUUUUCGGCGUGGUUAGGGUAACCCUACUAAAGAGUAUCAUAAAGAGGUCAUAUUGCGCAAACUCGCAGUAUUACAAGCCCUUUUUUGCAUUUAAUCAAUUACAGGAUAUGAAUUCUAGAUAUCUUCAAUUAUAUUUUCGCUAGUUAAAAUGCUUAUUCUUGAUAUCAGCAUUGGAAUUACUACUAGUAUUUUUAAUAUUAAAAAUGAUGGCAGUACUUGUGGAAUUACCCAUUUUCGACGAUCAAAAAUGUAAUUUCUACUAGUAAAAAACAUUUAAUGAUAUCUCUAACUGCAUUUACACUUGAAACUCAAGAUAUCUAAAACCUGUUACAGAUAUCUAUAAUUAAUUUCUUACUAGUUGAAAUUCCAAUUUCACAUAUCAGCACUGUACUACAGAACUUUUUUUAUAUCAAUAAUGACAUUGUCACUAUGUCCAUUCCUAAACUAUAGCAAAAUGCUAUUUUUUUUUAUAUCCGUAAUUUGUUUCACUAGUAGCAAUGUUAAUUUAAGAUAUUUAUAAUGUUAUUAGAACUAGUAAGAAAGCCUUUUAUUGAUAUCUGAAAUCCAUUUCCAGAUAUCUAAAAUGCAAUAUCUAACUUGUCCAAAUACAUUAUAUAAAAAAAUUAAAUUUUCACUAGAUAAUGGUUGAUAUCAGUAAUGGAUAUUUGUACUAGACAUAAUGUAAUUAAUUAUAUCGUAAAAUACUAUUUUUACUAGUAAGAAGUACAUAGCUAUGCAAGUAGUAACUAUGAAGUAAUACAUUUUAGAUUGAAAAGGAGUGAAUGACUACAAUCAUUAAGAAAUUCUACAUGUGAAAAUACUAUUACAAAUAUCAAGAAUUGUUUUUUCUAGUUGAAAUUCUUAUUGAUAUACAAUGUGAUUUAUAUACAUGCAAAUGCAAUUACUGAUAUCAGAAAUAUACACUUUCACUGGUUAUUCCAUUCCUGAUAUCAAGAAUUGACAUUUUAACUAUUGAAAACUGAAUUGUUGAUAUCUAAUUCACAAAGCAAUCAUAGUGUGUAUGCGGCAAAACUGUCUGUACGUGCUCGUGGUCAAAAGAGAAUGCUUUGAAAUGCUGAGUGCUCGACUGCACUUGAGACGGAACAGCAUGUGGAAAAACUAAGUAUCCCCAAGCCUUUAAGGAGUUACAUUUCAUCCAGCACAGUUUCUAAACUGCAUUUUAAAGGAAAGCCCCCAUUCAGCCAUGUAGCCAACCUUUAGCCUCCCGUUCCGCCCACUGCGUCGAACUCCAAGUGGGUACAAACAUCUCCCAAUGUCCUAGGUGUGGUAUCACAGUGUGGGAUUUAAGGAAGCCCCCUCAGCAUGGUUCCUUAGUGCCUUGGUAAAAAACAUUCUAUAAUCACAGACAAAUUCCCUCUUUUCACUUUGAAUCAGAAUGUGGCUCUCUUUUAGAUUUAUACUACAAGCAAUGCUGAGGUCCUGUGCAGAUUCAAGACUACAAGAUUCAAGGAGAUGUCACCAACAUUCAGCGUCACAGUCCACAAAAGUUCUGAUCACCUCAAUUCGGGGUGAGGGGCUUCUCAUUCCCCUUAUAAACAGCUAAAAAUACUGCCACAUUUCUGUAAUGAGUGAACUGCCGUUGAUUGGUGUGAUCGAACAUGUGGAUGGCAGUUUGGAAAGCUCAUAAUGGUGAUUGAAACAACCAACUUUGGUCAUUGGAGUAGCCUGUUUUGAGACAUCUCACUGUAUGCAACACCAUAAGGCAGAAAUAUACACCUCGUAACCCUUUUUAAAAUCAUGUUAUUGCAUGUUAAGAAGUAUUACAAGCUGUUGAGUGUAGUGAAAUCAGGGCUUCACAAAACACACAGUCUGCAGUGGUGCUGUCAUCAAAUAUGACUGGAGAUAGAGAGAUUUUAAGUCUAUGUAUGCAUUUAUGCAGGCAUGCAUGGGUAUAUGUGUGUAUGAGAAGCGUGUGUGCCUAUUUGCAUGAGUGUACGAAUGAGUGUGUGUGUCUUCACUGGAUGUAUAGGGCAAGCCUUUUUUUUUUUUUUUUUUGGCAAGGCCCUAGAUUUUCAUGAUUUAGCUUGUCAUAACUUGCAUCAAGUCUUUUAAGUUUAGAAUAGUUUGCUUUUUAAUGUAGAGAUGUGGCAUUGCUUUGUAAAUAUCCAGCCAAAAUUUGAGAGGAGAAGAGGCAUCCCAGGAAGGGUUGACACUUAGCCCUGGAUUCUCAAGGGGGACUGUCCCAACAAUUUGUGUACUGUAAGUAACUUCAAAAAGCCCUUACAACUGUUUUAACUGACAACAAACCCCUAGUCUUAAAUCCCAUGGAUCUCUAUUAUAACGUAUAGCUGCAGAAACUCUACAGUGUUCCACCUGAAUUCACAUUCACAUCAGCUUGUAUUAUUUUACUGGCACCGUUUUAUUGUCUGUUUUGCCAGAUGUUUCUGAAUUUUGCGCACGGAUGGUUUAUGAACGUUUUCUAUAGGAAAAAUAAGAGAAGACGAAAUCAAAAGAAGGGAACACAUCCCCUAAGAAGGAGGGCUGAUUGCACUGCUUUGGUUGCGGAAUCUAUUGAUGUGUUUAUGAGGGGGCAUUGAAGAAUUAAAUUUAGUGUGUGAACUACUAUUCUGGUUAAUGUUAAAGCUACAUGAAUAUAAAGCAUGAAAGGCUGUGAAAUGGUUUACUCUAUAAUAUAAUUGCAAAAAUAUUUUGUAUAUAAAAGAAUUCGAAUAAAUGUUGGUUUCUGGAUUUCACUA